AUGCCCUCAGUUCUCGGCACAAUGCUUUUUCCUGUACUCAUCUUUUAUUCUUUCAUUUUUACAAUACCAUCGAUAACAAGUGUAAGAGUCAUGAAACGUGAUACGGCAGCAGUACUAAAAAAAAUGCACGACAAUUUGCGGGAGAACUGUUUCCCGCGACCUAGUGGUGGAUGUAUGUGUACUGUGAAACAAAGAAAUGGUGCCGAAACCGUUGAAAAUUACGAUUCCGAUGAACAGUGCAAAUUAGACAUUACAGUGCAAACAGUACAUAAUAAAAAAGAACUGGGUGAGGAAAUCAAGGAUCGAUAUGGUAAUUACAAGGAAGACUGCUUUCCGACACCAUCUGGAGGUUGUAAGUGCAUUGAGAGAAAUGCAACCGGUGAUAAAGUGGUGAGGAAAUAUGAUGACGAAACGCAAUGCAAAAUUCCACUGAUGAUUAGAAGAACAACACAAAGUGUUCGUGAUCCAGUUCGAGAACGAGCUCAAGCAAAUUAUCGUGCAGUCAUUAAUGAAUUAAAUGAAAAAUUCAAGGGGCUCAAAGAAGGAUGUUUUCCGAGACCUAAGGGAUGUUUGUGCGUGAUCGGAAAAGAUCAGGACGGACGAGAUAUCACAGAACGGCGAAUGAAGGAUCGAGAUUGUAAAUGUCAACCUGGCGAGAGGGGUCAUGGAUGUCCAACAGACGGUGCUUAA